AAUUCAGCCUUAUCGUGUCACAGCUUCUCUCUGUGCAGGGGUUGAACUGAAUGAAGCUGUUAGAUAUAAACGGUCUGAGUUGCCAGUUACGAGACACUCAUUUCAGGGCUUGUCAGAUAGUGAGUUAGCCAGGUAGCUGGCUAGGCUAAUUUCCGAAGCUGACAGAGGAGCCUGUCAUUAAGCCCUUGGGGUUUUGUGUAAACACAGGAAGCUCUGCAAAGUCCGCAGAUCACAGCUGUUCAUGAUGACAUUGAAGACAGUCAAGUAAUCGUAUAAGGGAUCAUCACACAUCAAGCCCCCAGCUCCUGAAACAAACAACAUCCGCUCUACCGUCCAACCCAGAUAAUGCCCGCUGCCAGCUGAAAGGUCGUGAGAGGUCACCAAACCCUCUGACCUCUCCGUUCUACCCAGCUUUCAUUACGGGCACGCUCCCCUACAUGCUAUGCCCUUGCUCCAAUCAUGAGCUCUACGUUGUGGAGCCAGGAGAAACCCAGCGGGGGUUACCGUGACGACUGGCGGUUCUACAUCGUGGUGAAAGAAUGCGUGGUGGAGAAGCCCCCUCAGAAGAGCCAGCGGAUCCCUCGCGGGAGCCUGGGUCAGGCGUGCCAGGAGCGGAACAGCCUGGGCCGCACCUUACCGCCCAGCAAGGGCAAACGAAGCCUGCGUAUCCUGGACCAGACCAACGUGGUGGUGAGCCUGGACGAGAGAGAUGUUCGGGAGCUGGACGAGAAGCUGGCGGAGCUGCUUUUUCCCAUCACUAACUGCGAGGAACGCUACGCCCUUCUGUGCAACACGCCCAGACUCGAACGAGCCCGGAACAUUGACUGCGGCUCCAAGGUGCGCGUGCAGCUGCGGUCGGGGGACGACCCCCUGCCCGGAGUGGUGCGCUUUAAAGGGGCGCUGCUGCCCGACCGUGCCCUCUCUGGGAUAUGGUUUGGAGUGGAGCUGCUGGAGGAGGGUCGCGGACAGGGCUUCACGGAGGGCUCCUACCAGGGUCAGCAGCUCUUCCGCUGUGAGGAUGAGUGCGGCGUCUUCGUCGCUCUCGACAAACUGGAGCUGUGGGAGGACGACGACCUUGAGGUCGAUCACGUGACACUGGAUUCUAACGAGCACGAUAACGAGGGCGAUUUCCCGCCGUUGGAGAUUAACUCUCGCGUUCUGGUGCAAACCACUGAGGGUAUUGAACACGGAACCAUCAUCUUUUGCGAUUUGUUGCCUGGCAACGAGAGCCUAGGGUACUUUGUGGGAGUUGAUAUGGACAAACCUAUUGGAGACUGGGAUGGUGUUUUUGAUGGCAAGCUGCUGUGUAAUUUCGCCAGCCUCGAACACACUCGUCUUGUUCCCAUCUGUGACGUAAUGCCAGGGCUGAGCAAGUUCUCCAUGCAGGACCAGAGGCUCCCCAAACACAGCUUCGCUUCCAGAGGUGGUGGCAGUGACAAGCAGUCCUCCAGCCAGACUAAACCAAAGAGCAAAGGGUUAGGCAUGCAGAGUGGAGGUAGAAGCAAAUCAGAGUUUUAUUACACUUUAAACGGCAGUUCUGUCCAUCACCCUGCCCAAUCCAAAUCCAAAAGCACAUGGUACAUUGAUGAAGUUGGGGAGGAUCCUGCCAAGUCCUUGACGGACACGCCCCCUGACUUCAACCAACCUUCCCCUCCCUCCAGAGCUCCGCCCGCUGCCUCCCUGUCCAAUGACAACAAAUUCCACUCACUACCCUUUAGCCUGAGCCGCAAAACGGGGUCCAACGGGAGCAUGAGCUAUGGUCCGCUCUCCCUGUCUGCCCAAUCAGUGAUGGGGGAACAGCAGGAGGCCACACCUCCACCCCCACCCCCAGCUGCAACGGCCCCCUCCCCAAGGCCAGCGUCUCCCCAGCGAGGAGGGCAGCCCGGACUAGAAGUUGGCUCUCUGGUUGAGGUGAAAGAGAACCCUCCCCUGUGUGGGGUCAUUCGCUGGGUGGGCGUGCCCCCCGGACUACAAGAACCCCUCGCUGGGUUAGAACUGGAGGAGGAGUGUGUGGGGUGCACAGACGGCACGUUUAAAGGCACACGUUACUUCACAUGCCCUCCUAAGAAAGCUCUGUUCGUCAAACUGAAGUGCUGCAGACCCGACUCGCGCUUCCCCUCUCUGCCCCAUUCGCCAAAUCCUAUAGAGCGCUGCAACUCCAUCGCCUUUGGGGGCUACCUGAGUGAAGUGGUGUAUGAAAACACCCCUCCGCGUACAGAGAACGAUGGAUUGGAAGUGAUGGUGGGAAAGAAGAAAGGCAUUCAGGGUCAUUAUAACUCCUGUUACCUGGACUCCACGCUCUUCUGCCUGUUUGCAUUCAGCUCAGUACUGGACACAGUGCUUUUGCGGCCGAGAGCUAAAACCGACGUGGAGUACUAUAGAGAAACACAGGAGCUGCUACGAACGGAGAUAGUCAACCCACUGCGCAUACACGGUUAUGUGUGUGCCACGAAAAUUAUGAAACUCAGGAGAAUUCUGGAGAAGGUGGAGGCAGCGUCUGGCUUUACCUCUGAGGAGAAAGAUCCUGAAGAGUUCCUGAACAUUCUCUUUCACCACAUCCUACGAGUGGAUCCCUUACUCAAGCUGAGGUCCGCAGGGCAGAAGGUUCAGGACUCGUACUUCUAUCAGAUCUUCAUGGAUAAGAAUGACAAAGUACUUGUGCCCACAAGUCAGCAGCUACUGGAGUGGUCUUUCAUCAACAGUGACCUCAAGUUUGCAGAGGCUCCAUCCUGCCUUAUAAUUCAGAUGCCACGCUUUGGGAAAGAGUUCAAGAUGUUUAACAAGAUCUUCCCCUCUCUGGAGUUGGACAUCACAGAUCUGCUUGAAGACACUCCCAGGGAGUGUCGUAUUUGUGGAGGUUUAGCUCUGUAUGAGUGUAAGGAGUGUUAUGAAGAUGGUGACAUCACCCCGGGCAAGAUUAAACAGUUCUGUGAAAAGUGUAACACACAGGUUCACCUCCACCCUCGGCGGAAGGCCCAUCGCCACGGUAAGCUGUCGGUUCCUAAGGAGCUGCAGGAGGGGCUGUGUCGUCAGGGCUCGUUUCCACGGCAGCGGAUGGAGUUGUUUGCGGUGUUGUGUAUAGAGACUAGUCACUACGUGGCCUUUGUUAAGUAUGGAUCAGCUGACUCUGCGUGGCUGUUCUUCGACAGCAUGGCAGACCGCGACGGAGGCCAGAAUGGCUUUAACAUCCCCCAGGUAUCUCCGUGUCCUGAGGUGGGAGCGUACCUGAAGAUGAGCCCUGAGGAGCUACAUGCCCUGGACCCCAAAAACAUCCAGGGUUUUGCCCGCCGUCUGCUCUGCGACGCAUACAUGUGCAUGUACCAGAGCCCUACCAUGAGCCUGUACAAAUAAAAGCCCUGACAGCUAGAGCCAGGGAGAGGGCUACCUCGACCUGACUGUUCAUGUGAAAAAAAAAACAAGCAAAAAAAAAAAAAACAACAAAAUUCACCCCCUAUCCUCAUGGCCUAGCUCUCUGAGAGAGAGGGAGAAAGAGAAGGGUGGGGGGAGGGAGAAAGAGAGAGAGAGUUAGAAGUGAAGAAGGAAAAAAAAAAGCUUAUUUGCACUGUGCUUAAUUUGAAGUGUUGUUUUUAUUUUCUUUGUGUUGUCGUCCAUCGGUGAACACAAACCCUGAACGCUUGGACAGCAGUCAUUGCUGUGGGGACAAGAGCAGAGCUUGGAAAGAAAUGAUGAAUAUUCAUUCUGAACUGUGAGAGACAGCCAAGACACACACACUCACACACACACACACACACACACACACACACACAACGACACACACGCAUCUCUUUGGUGGCUAGAUCUCUUAAGCUCAAACAAAGCUCUCCUGUAGUGUGAAAGAUGGUUCACUCGUUUACCUACUAAACAGAGUGGGUUAGGAUUCUGUCCUCACGGACACUCAAGAGGUCUCCUCUGCGUAUGAUACCACAUAGGAAAGGCAAUGCUCCAACACCAACAGAACAAUGAACCUUUACAUACCUGUUAUCUCCUCUGUAGGACUAAUGAAUGCCAACCUGUCCGCUGUACUUCAAAACUCCCCGUUUCCAGAAGUUUACAUAUGUGUGGUUACUGGUUUCACCUCCGUAUUUUUGCUGUGAAUUUCUUUGUUGUUUGUUUUCCUAUGGGUGAUACCGCUCUUGCUUCUUACAGCAAAUCAUUGAGCUGGAAGAGUUUUUGUCUGAGUGUUACGGGAUAUCUCUGCACUGGUGAAAAAAAAAAAAAAAAAGAACUG